CUUUUAAUAGGGAUACAAGGCGUCCAACCCAUUGAAUUGCUCUAUUGAAGCGCAUUGAAUCGUAUCCCCCAUUGAAGCAGCUUCUGAGGAUUCAACUAUGAAAUCAGAGCUCUUUUCCCUGGGCCCAGGGCUGCCGCCCCUCCUGCCCUUCCUCAGGGACGGGCCUGCAUCUCUUCAUACUGCAAUGGAGUAUUUUAAUCAUCAAUCGAUUACAGGGAAGUUCUUUCACCUUCCUCUAAGGUGUUCAUUUAUGCCCUUAGCCAUCUCAAGCACAGUCAGCAGACUACAACCUGUAGGAGCAGUUGCUGCUGCGGUAUGUAAGUCCUCUGAUCUGCAUUCUGAACCGGAUAAUUAUCCAAGUUCACAUGGCAAUGAGGUUUGGGGUGAAGUUGGAGGAAUUGCUGGCCCUAAUUCUGAACGCGCAGAGACUUGUAGCGCAGAAACUCUCCGGAGGCAGAGAAUAGGCUUAGCAAACAAAGGAAAAGUUCCCUGGAACAAAGGCAGGAAGCAUAGCCCUGAGACUUGUGCACGGAUUAAGGAAAGAACCCUUGAAGCCUUAAGAGACCCCAAGAUAAGAAAGAAGAUGUCCGAAGCUCCACGCUUGCACAGUGAACAGUCCAAGAGGAAAAUUGGUUCUUCUCUCAAAAAACUGUGGGCGGAGCGUUUGAAAAGAAAACGUGCAAAAGAAAAGUUUUAUACCUCAUGGGCUGAAAGCAUUGCAGAGGCUGCUAGACGGGGAGGAGUUGGUGAAGAACUACUCAAUUGGGAUAGUUAUGAGAGGCUGAAAGUUGAAAUAGCCCUUCGACGACUUCAAUGGGUUGAGGAAAAGGCCAAGGUAAAGGACAUGAAAAGGAUUCGAGCAGAGAAGAAGGUACAGAAAAGAGUGCAAAACAUAACUCGGGUUGCACAAAAGAAGUUGGAGCUCAAACAGAAAGAUGAAUUGAGGGCCAAAAAGAAAGCGAUGAGCCGUAGAAAAAGGAGAGAAAAGAAGGAAGAGCUAGGAGCUUCAACGGAGUUAAGCACCACAGACAGAUUAGUAAAGAUAUUUGGAAAGAAAUCAACAGAUGGACCUUCCUGCAGUCAGCCUGGAUCAAUGAUUUAUCUUCAGUCAGCACUGGAGAAAUUCGAUAUUGAAUCCAUAAAAGCUGAACAGAGGCGUAGCACAGUUUCACUUGCAGACCAGAUUCAAGCUGCUAAGAGCAGAAGACAGCGGAUUGUCACCAGUAGAUCUAAUGUUACAUCAAGUCCAUAAGGGUAAAUUCUUGGCCUUGUGUUGGAGCAAUUAGUGCAUACCGGCACCCUAAUGCCAGGAAAGGUGAAUUCUUUGCCUUUUGAAUAAUUUGUUUUUGGUAGAGCCAUAGAGGUGGAAAACGGAUCACUUAGCGUGGUCAUAUUCGGUGUACCAUAGACUGGUUUAUGAUGGAAAUUAAAUCAAUUAUUGUCUUGUUUUCUCAGGUUGGUUCAAUUUCGGUUUGGGUCAAUAUUGGGACAUCCAAUUCCGAGUACAGUGUAGGUUGGGUCAUUUCGGAUCUGGUAAUUUAGGUCGGGGGGCGAGAAGAAGCAUUCCCGCUUUCCAAAAGCAUAGCUUUAGCUAUUACAACCUAAACUCAAUGGAAUUAUGACCAUAAACAGCAAUGAGGAUUCCUCAAAAGGGCAUCGGCUCAUCGUCCAAGAAUUUGUAUUUUUUAAGAGCUUUAGGCAGUCCCUAAUUUAUCCUCUAGUCUUUUGCGACCUGCCUUGAUUUAGACCAUGUUAUCUUGUAAGUUGUAACUAAGCUGCAAUUUAUGUACAUUUCGUUAGCCAUACAUGUGAUUUAGAACCAAUCCUUGACAUUUUAAAUUUGAAUGUAGCAGAGAUAAAGAAAGAAAUGUUUCAGUAAAUUUAUAUGUACGUAAUACGUAUUUGUAAUGUACUUGUUUUACCUGAGAAUGCUUAUCGAAAUAAAGCAUGCAUGUAUACCUGAGAAUGCUUAUCGAAAUAAAGCAUGCAUGUAUGUGAUUA